UAUGAAGAGAUUGCAAAAGUUGAGAAGCUAAAGCCCCUAGAAGUUGAACUAAGACGCCUCGAAGACUUGUCGGAGUCCAUUGUGAAUGACUUUGCCUACAUGAAGAAGCGUGAAGAGGAAAUGAGGGACACAAAUGAAUCCACCAACAUACGUGUCUUGUACUUCAGUAUCUUCUCCAUGUGCUGUCUAAUUGGGCUGGCAACGUGGCAGGUCUUCUACCUACGGCGUUUCUUCAAGGCGAAGAAACUGAUUGAGUAAAGCCAUCUACGAAGCGGGGACCAUGUUGAGGACGUUUGGGGAAAUGGUGUGCAAUUUGUGAGAGAAAAGUUGGGUAGUAGCCCCCUAUACAAUUUAUUUCAGUCUUCUGUCAACUUCAGUUUUUUACUAGCCUCAUCUCAGGCACUGUUUUGAUUAGAAAUACAUGGAUACAUUGGUUUGAGAUUUAUUCAUGCAAUAUUGCAUGAAAAUAAACACACAUUUUUUGUGAGUGCACAAAGCCUCCCAUCACACAUUCAGCUAUUGUUAUGCAAAAAAUAAAGUGUCCCCAGUAUGUCAGGUACAUGGUUGUGUUUUUGAUUAAGAAGGCUUUCACUCUGGGUAUCUUUCAUAUAGCUAUAAAGACUAUACGGCAUUAAAAGACCAGUAAUUACAAUAAAUGUCUCAUUUAAUGAGGGAAAUCCUGUUUUUAAAUGAAUCUUUUAUCAUUUGACAAUGUUGGCACACUUAUCUAUUUCCAUAAAGUUCCCAGGCUUUGUACAUUCUUCUCAGUUUUCUGAGGUUUGGUCUAGGUGGUUCCUGUGAAAAACAAGAAUAUUGUUUAGCAAAUUAAGCUUGGCAUAAAGCAAAUUCUGAUUGUG